UUCUUGUUGGUUAAAAACUCAUUUUCCCGUGAGACUUUGCGAUAAUAGGAAAGACAAAAAUGGCUCCCAUGGAUUCAGUCGGCGAUUGAGCCGUCGAGUUGACGACAUAAAGCGGCGACAGAGCACAAUACUGCGGAAACAGCCACACUGCGGUGCUAUCUCACCGCACCUAUAGAACCACACAAAAUGUCUUCUCCGAAGGCCAAACACAGCGGUCGCGGCGGCGGAGGGAGCCCGGUGCUCGGUGGCACCAAUGGCCGCUACGAGUUCAAGUCGCUGACCAAACCGCUGAGCUCCGAUUCGGCCACCGCGCGGCUGCGAGCCUCAGAGAGCCCCACUCGCCGCCGGGGCUCCAGCUCCUCCACCGGCUCAGCGAGCGGACACGGGCCGUCUGAGGAGGACGGCAUCCGGCUCAACCCGUCGCUCUUCCGCGUGGCCCUUAGCUCGUUGCUCGCCAUCGACCUGUGGCUGUCCAAGCGGCUGGGGGUGUGUGCCUGGGAGGACUCGUCCUGGGGGAGUGUGCGACCAUUGAUGAAGCUCAUCGAGGUGACCGGUCACGGCAUCCCCUGGCUGGCUGGCACCGCCUACUGUCUCUACAAGAGCGACAGUGCAGCCGGGCAGGAGGUCAUGCUCAACCUCCUCUUUGGUCUGCUUCUGGACCUGGUCCUGGUUGGUGUCGUCAAGGCAACAGUGCGGCGGCGCAGGCCCGCUCACAACCGUAUGGACAUGUUUGCCACCUUCUCCGUGGACCGCUACUCAUUCCCCUCGGGCCACGCCACGCGUGCCUCUAUGUGUGGCCGCUUCCUGCUGGCGCACUUGGUGCUCGCCGCGCCACUGAGGGUCCUCGUCCUACUGUGGGUGGCCACAGUAGGACUGAGCCGCAUCAUGCUGGGCCGACAUAACGUGACCGAUGUGGCCUUUGGCUUUUGGAUGGGCUACUGCCAGUACAACCUGGUGGAGAUGCUGUGGCUCUCACCUCAAAGCCUGCAAGGGCUGCUGGGACACAUAGCAUAGCGUGCACACUGAAAGACUACUGUUAUCAUUAUUAUAUACCAAGAACAGCUCCAUUGGUUUUAGUGUCUACGUGAGGACUGUGGACAUUUGAUGUUCAUGCAUUCCAAACAAUGUGAUGAUGGAGUUGUUCAUAUUGUGGUUCAUUCCAGCAGCACAUCCUGUAAAUAAUCUGUGGCAGCGUAUAAACAGCAUUCCGUCAAUAGGGGACAUGAA